CUUUCAAAAAAAAAAAAAAAAACCUCCUUUCCUCUUUCCCUACUUCUCAGGCAGAAGCAACCGCAGUAUUUUCCCGCCAAGUUGAUCAGCUCAGAGCGAUCGAGCGACCUCCAUGAAUCGCGAUCAAGCUCGAGGAACAAGCCCACGAGGCGGACGAGGCUCUGGGAAUCGCGGCCAAGGCCGAGGAAACCCCCGAGGCGGUCGACAUUCUCAGCCAUAUCGCUACACUCAUGAAUGGCGUCCAUCUGAAAGAAAAGAUGCACCUUCUCAAGCUGAGAAACAGAAGGAAUGGCGUCCAUCUGAAAGAAAAUUGGAAGGAAUGGCGAUCAAACAGCAGCCUGGAGCUGGAAUUCAUGGACCUUCUGCUGAUGACUUUUCUGGUAAUAAGGAGGGUUCGUCAACAGGUGAAAUGGGAAGUCCCCAGGACAUGUUACCGUGUAGCGCUUCAAAGCAUUCUGAGCAUAAACCUGUCUGGAGUCAAGAAAAUCGGAAGGAAUGGCAUCCAUCUGAAAGAAAAGAUGCGCUUUCUCAAGCUGAGAAACAGAAGGAAUGGCAUCCAUCUGAAAGAAAAGAUGCACUUUCUCAAGCUGAGAAACAGAAGGAAUGGCGUCCAUCUGAAAGAAAAUUGGAAGGAAUGGCGAUCAAACAGCAGCCUGGAGCUGGAAUUCAUGGACCUUCUGCUAAUGACUUUUCUGGUAAUAAGGAGGGUUCGUCAACAGGUGAAAUGGGAAGUCCCCAGGACAUGUUUCCGUGUAGCUCUUCAAAGCAUCCUGAGCAUAAACCUGUCUGGAGUCAAGAAAAUCGGAAGGAAUGGCAUCCAUCUGAAAGAAAAGAUGCGCUUUCUCAAGCUGAGAAACAGAAGGAAUGGCGUCCAUCUGAAAGAAAAGAUGCACUUUCUCAAGCUGAGAAACAGAAGGAAUGGCGUCCAUCUGAAAGAAAAUUGGAAGGAAUGGCGAUCAAACAGCAGCCUGGAGCUGGAAUUCAUGGACCUUCUGCUAAUGACUUUUCUGGUAAUAAGGAGGGUUCGUCAACAGGUGAAAUGGGAAGUCCCCAGGACAUGUUUCCGUGUAGCUCUUCAAAGCAUCCUGAGCAUAAACCUGUCUGGAGUCAAGAAAAUCGGAAGGAAUGGCAUCCAUCUGAAAGAAAAGAUGCACUUUCUCAUGCUGAGAAACUGAAGGAAGGACACAACUCAACUGAGUUUGUGGAAGUUAAUUCAAAAGAAGUAAAGCGCUCGGUUGCCUCAGAUUCGGGCCAUAUAGGGGACAUUUCUUCAUUGUCUAGUCUUAAUCUUUCCCACAAUUUGCCUAAGGGAGUAGAGAGAAUGCAGAUUGGAGAUAACUUUAGUAAGAUGACAGGGGGUAGUGACAAUCAUAUGCAAUCUAAAUCAGAAGCCAAAGACAAGCCUUUCCCUAUCAAGAGUCCUAUAAGUUCAUUUGGCCAUCAAAAACCAGAGCUUUCUGAACACAAAGCAGUAGACUCUUCUUUUGAUUUGUGCCCAACCAAAGCCAGCGGUGCUGUUACUCUAAAGACUUCUCUUCUUGUACAGAAUAGAGAAAGGAAGAAUGAAAUCAAGCGCUCCAUGGAACAACCAAUUGAAAUUGUUUUACAGUCUGGAAUGGUUCUUCUUAAAAGUUACAUUUCUACCAGUGACCAGAUCAAGAUAGUGAAGCUAUGCCGAGACCUGGGUUUGGGUACUGGAGGUUUCUACAAACCUGGUUACCGUGAUGGAGCAAAACUGAAUUUGAUGAUGAUGUGCCUCGGUAAGAAUUGGGAUCCUGAGACUAGCAAAUAUGGAGAUCACCGCCCUCAUGAUGGUGCUAAACCUCCAUGUAUUCCUGUUGGUUUCUUUCAGUUGGUUGAAAAUGCAAUAAAAGACAGCCGUUCCCUUAUCAGAAAGAAUUCUAAAGCUAGCAAUUUUGAAGACAUACUUCCUCGGAUGACCCCAGACAUUUGCCUUGUGAACUUCUACUCAUCAGCUGGGCGACUAGGUCUCCAUCAGGAUCGUGAUGAAAGUGAACAAAGUCUCCGUGAGCAUUUGCCUGUUGUCUCUUUUUCCAUUGGAGAUGCUGCAGAAUUCUUGUAUGGUGAUCAAAGGGAUGUUGAACUGGCAAAGAAGAUUACACUGGAAUCUGGAGAUGUUCUGAUAUUUGGUGGAGAAUCAAGAAAUAUCUUUCACGGUGUAGCUUCUAUACAGCCAAAUACUGCUCCUAAGACCCUACUGGAAGAAACAAAGCUCCGGCCUGGCCGCCUGAAUCUUACUUUCAGAAAGUAUUGAAAAUCUAUAACCUUUCAGCUUGCAUAUAUUGCGGUCUUUUCUAGUUGAGAGUCGCUGUAAUCCACAUGCUAGCUCCAUAAUGAACUGUAUGUUUGUAAUGACGGUUUGUGUUAAUAUCUGGUAACGAGCUUUAUGUUGCCGCAAGUAUUGUCAUUUGAAGUAGAGCAUUAGUUCAUUCAUACAGGUUCGUACUCA